AGGAGAUUUUGAUAAACACUUGAAAAUAACGAUGAAGUUCGCUGCCACCAUCCUUGCUCUUAUCGGCUCUGCCGCUGCUUUCGCUCCGGCCCAAACAAGCCGUGCGUCUACUAGCCUUCAGUACGCGAAAGAAGAUCUAGUUGGAGCCAUUCCUCCGGUCGGAUUCUUCGACCCUCUUGGAUUCGCUGACAAGGCCGAUUCCCCCACUUUGAAGCGAUACCGUGAAGCUGAGCUCACCCACGGACGUGUUGCCAUGCUUGCUGUCGUUGGAUUCCUUGUCGGCGAGGCGGUAGAAGGUUCGUCGUUCCUCUUCGAUGCUUCUAUCUCUGGCCCGGCCAUCACCCACCUUUCUCAAGUCCCGGCCCCCUUCUGGGUCCUCCUCACUAUUGCUAUCGGUGCUUCCGAACAGACCCGUGCCGUGAUCGGCUGGGUGGAUCCCGCCGAUGCCCCGGUUGACAAGCCCGGUCUUCUCCGUGACGACUACGUCCCGGGUGACCUCGGAUUCGACCCUCUCGGCCUCAAGCCUUCUGACCCGGAAGAACUGAUCACUCUCCAGACGAAGGAACUUCAGAACGGACGUCUUGCUAUGCUUGCCGCUGCCGGUUUCAUGGCUCAGGAGCUUGUCAACGGGAAGGGAAUCCUUGAGAAUCUUCAGGGUUAAAGAGUGCAUCCAUCCAAAACUGGAGGUAUGGCUGGUCACAUGCACAGAGUUAACAACCAAUCCCUUUUCAAGCGAAGCUCGCAUGGUCUGCCGCAACAAAAUUUAGUUGAUGCCACCACAUAGAACGCUGUAACAUAGCCUAAAGCGCAGGUUUUAUAAUCAAAAUGUAUGGAAGC